UGUAGAAAAAGUGUGGCGUCGUACGAGCGGAUGUUGUUUAUGACCGACAUUUUCCUGUGAAAAUAAUAGUAUUUGGUUUGGUCAAUUGUAUGUAAAUUUGAGGUUUAUUACGUAUUAUUGUACGAUAUUUUCAAUGUUUUAAAAUACUAACAUGGAUCUCUUGAAAACUUAAUACUAAAUUAAUGUUUGAAACUGUUUGAGAACAUUUUUAGGCAAAGUUUUUUUUCGUUGCCAUUAUAGCGGGAAAUCUACAUUGUGACGCGCACAAACUCUGUUAAUUUGUCGUGAAGGCUGGUUAAGUGUCGUAAUAGAUUGUUAUGUGGUUAUUUACGCUCUGACAGUGGAUCUUGGUGGUAUAUUUAGAUUUGACAAUGUCAGACGAAAUGGCGGUUGGUGAUAAGACAUCAAGUAGAGAAAUUGGAGAUAAAGAGGAGAUGGAGUCUGCAGACUCCGUAGAACCCUCGGAGCCCCCCACUGAGACUGCGGCGGCCGAGUCUAAACUAUCGUCUGCACCUGUGGAAGAACCACCUGACGCUGAGGAAGAUCUACCAGAGACCAUAGCAGCGAUUAUAGAACAACUUGGCCAAAAUGAUGACAUAGACAAAGCUGAAGCUGUAGAAAAAAACGACUUUGAUAUAAAUAAUGAAAAUGAAAUUAAAAACAACAUUGAUAUUAGGAACGACCCUGCUGUUAAAGAUGAUGAUAUAUUUCAAGAUGUUAAAAAUGGCAAUGAGAUGAAAAGUGUGAAGGAUGAUCAGAAAAUUAAAUAUAAAGAGAUGAAAGUUGACACAGAUGACUCAUCCAGCAAUAAAGUUAUAAAGGAAGAGGAAAAUACUUCUGAAGCAGAAAUAUCCAGAGGCAUCAAGCGACGAGCCUCUGCCGCUUUCAGUGAUGACGGGAUAGAAGAGUUCAAGGGCUUUGAAAAAAGUGAUUCGAGCACCUUGCCCGAUUAUAGUCGCAUUGUUCAACGUCUGGAGGCAGAGGUGUCAGUGGCUGUCAAGUCGCAUAAACCGUUGAAGACGGUGAUGGCCGCGCCCACACCUAGAGCCAGUAAACGCGCUCGUCAGGACGCAGAUAGUUCGCGGCCAUCUUCAGCCUUGUCUUCUAGAUCUGAGGGGGAUGGAGCCGUGACCACAGAUUCCUCGCCUGCGGGUCGCGCGAGCGCGCGGCGGCCCACGGCGGAGAUGUCGUCGCCGCUGCUGCGCGUGCCGCUGGAGCGCGGCUGGCGGCGCGAGCUGGUGUACCGCGCCGCCACGGCCGACGGGCCCGCGCGCCGCAACGCCGACAUCUACUACUACUCGCCGCUCGGCAAGAAGCUGCGCAGCACACGAGAGGUGUCCGAGCAUUUGUCUGGCACAGGUUUAACGUUGGAGAACUUCUCAUUCUUCAAAGAACCCUUGGGAAUUGAUGAUCCUGAGAAGGAAAUCAUACGGGAUGCGAAGGUACUCCGUCGCGUGGAGUCCCCUGUGCCGGUAACGCCGCCGCAGCCCCUCGAGAGCAAGCGGACACCGAAGCCCAAGCCGCCCAAGGGGGCCAGUCCUGAACCGGCCACUGUGAAAUCCCCUCCCGCUAAGCUUAAGGUAAAAUCUAUGGGAUCCCGGUUAAGCAGCAACGGGGCAACUCCAAAGAAUACGAAAAAGCAACCGCAAACGCAACCGCAACCGCAGCCGCAACCGCAACAAACCCAACCGCAGGCCGCACCGACACCUGCAGAUAACAAUAACACAGCAGCAUGGAAGAAACCCAGCGAAGGUGUGAAGUCGCUGCGGAGCCGCAUCGCGAACGGCGCCGCGUCGCCGCCCGUGACGCCGCCGUCGCCGCGCCGCCGCGGCCGGCCCAAGGUGGACGACACCGACCACUUCACUGCCUUCCACAGCAAGGCGCAGGAGAACAACUACAACAUUGCUGUACAGAUAUUCCAAUACCUGGGCAUGCGCGAGCUGGCGCGGAGUGCGCGCGUGUGCAAGCUGUGGCAGCAGCUGGCCGCCACGCCCGCGCUGUGGAGGCACGUGCGGAUGAAGAACUCGCACGUGAGCGACUGGGCCGGCCUGUGCUCGGCGCUCAAGCGACACGGCACGCGGUGGCUGGACCUGCGCAAGAUGCUGCUGCCGCAAAACGACGCGCUGUUCUGGGACCACUUCGCGCAGCACAUCGGCUCCGUUGACACGCUCGAAAGGUUAGAGCUGUGCCGCUGCCCAGCGCGAGCGGUGCAGGCAGCGUGCGAGCGGCUGCCCGGUUUGCGCGCGCUAGCGGCGCCCGCCAUCCGCGACGCGCGCCUCGACCCUUCGCCGCUCGCCGGCCUGCCGCGCCUGGAGCUGCUGCGACUCAAGAGUAUGGCGGGGCUGUCGCUGACGCGGGACCUGCGGCCGCUGGCGGCGCUGUCGCGGCUGCAGCACCUGUCGCUCACGUCCAUCAAGGAGCUGGGCUGGUGCGCCUGCGAGGUGGUGGGGCAGCUCGACCAGCUCGAGUCGCUGGAGCUCGGCGAGUGCUCCUUCGGCGGCUCCUUCGCCGCCGCGCUCGGGAAGCUGGUGAAGCUGCGUCGGCUGCGGCUGGAGCGCGGCGUGGCGCACUGCGCGGCGCCGGCGCUGCUGCGCGCGCUGUCCGCGCUGCCCAAGCUCACGCGCCUCGAGCUGAUCAACUUUGACGUCAAGGUUGGCUUCGACGAUGCGUUAGCAGAGUGCAAGAACAUCCAGAGACUGCUCAUCAUACCCACGUACGUGUCGCAGUCAGCCACCACCAAUAACCAGGUGCUGAGCGGCGUGCUGCGGCUGAACGAGUCGCUGACGCACCUGGUGUGGGGCGUGACCAUCGAGCUGCUGCGCGUCACCGAGCUGUUCAUCGACCAGUGCGAGGCGGGCGACGGCGACGCCAAGCGCCGCGACGCGCCCGCCGCGCCCACCGCGCCCGCCGCGCUCGACAAGCGGCGCGACGUGGGCGAGUGCAUCCCCGUGCUUAAACCCGUGCCCGGCUGCAAGCCGCCCGUCGACCACCGCACCGUCGCCGGCCCGCCGCAGGUGGAGAUCCUGCCGAUACCGACGCUCCAGCGUCUGCUGGCGGCGCAGCUGCCCAACACCAAGCUGAGACUGCUGCGCAUCCCCUUCCACGCCACGUGGCGCCAGUCGCUCGCGGACUUCCAGUAGCAGCGCACCCGCCGCGCCCGCCGCCCCGCGCACACCUAACCAAUGCUCCGCUCUGAAGUUGCACCGGGGCGAGCUGCGCACGUGGACUGGUCCCUGUAGACAUAACGUGCAACCAACGAUCUAACUCGUGAACUAUGUUUUGAUUGCAUGCUGAGCUGGACCUUUCAAGGCUGUGCCAAAUAUGACAGUGGUAUUCUGAUGCUUAUAGUAGUUUAAGCAUCAUAAUAUAAUCUUAUCUAAAAAUUUUCUUUAUUACAAACUACCCGCGUAUUAAGAGCGUGUAGUACUAGUAAGAGGUAGUAGUAGGAUGCAGUAGUAAGAGGCAUGAUAGCUUAGUGGAUAUGACCUCUGCCUUCGAUUCCGGAGGGUGUGGGUUCGAUUCCGGUCCGGGGCAUGCACCUCCAACUUUUCAGUUGUGUGCAUUUUAAAAAAUAAAAUAUCACGUGUCUCAAACGGUGAAGGAAAACAUCAUGAGGGAACCUGCAUAUUCUCUGCGUGUGUUAAGUCUGCCAAACCGCAUUGGGCCAAUGUGGUGGCCUAACCCCUCUCGUUCAGAGAGGAGACUCGAGCUCAGCAGUGAGGCGAAUAUGGGUUGAUAAUGAUCAAAUGAUGACCCGCGUAGUUCCCGUUCCCGUGAGAAUACGGGGAUGAAAUGUAGCCUAUCACACUAACAAAUAACGUGGCUUUCUAGUAGUAAAAGAAUUAAGAAAAUCUGUUCAGUAGAUGCAGUCACUACAAACUUUACCUAUUUAUAAAAGUAUAGAUAACACUCAAAACCGAAAAUAUUGCUAUCUCUUUCAUUGCGUUGGAUAAGAGAUGGGACUGGGACGAUUUAGCCGCCAUUGGUCGACAUUUUUCUGUCUUCACGAGUUGUCGUUGGUAGCAUGCUAGGCUUACUGAUAAUUGAUUUAGUACACGUCAGUCAUACGCCUCGUGUUCAGAGCGGACUGGAAGCUUGGUGAGAUUGAAGCCUAUAUUAUAAUAUAUACUAUUAGCAUCGACGAAUGCAGUGAUAGCACGGCAAUUCGUUGAUAACACUAAUAUGGUAUGCGGGCGACGGGGAGAGAAGGACUGCGCGGGUGUGAAGUCGUACGCGCGGGGCAGAGGCUGGAAGUGGGGUGCAUGUGCUUAUCUGUCAUGGCUACCACCCUCCCGGCCCCCGCGGACCAUCAGGAGUGUUACGAACGAAUUACGAUACGAUACGUGCUUUGUAUUGGAACCUCGAAUCGUUUCGAGUCCUUUUGGUCUAAGGUCCGGCAUUAGACAUAUAUGCCCUAAUCUGUUAUUCAUUAGUGCUAUGAAAUAAAUGAUAGAUAAUGUUCACAGUGACACAUUGCAAAUAGGUUGCCUAGUUAAAUUGCGGCCAAACGCAUUUUUCAUACAAUAUCUAGGAAACCAUGAACUAGGUCAAAGGCAACCUAAUACAGUUAAAUUAAGCAUAUAAUAAGCUCUUAUUUGAUAUAUUAGACGAUUAAAUAACUGAUGAGGGUAUAUAAAUAAUUAAUUACUUAGCUAUUUUUAUCUGGCAACUCCACAGUUGCAGUGUGGAAGCAGGCAACCUUUACUUUUGCAAUUCUUUUGGGUAUAUUCUAUUAACUAGUAUGAUAUUUUUUGAUGAACCAAUGAGGGAAGGAGAUUAUUUAUUAAAAAAAAAAUAAUCAUUCAAUAUUCACCGGGCGUGUGAAUAUUUUCAAUCGCUUAUUUCUUAUCCCCAGUAAAUAACAGAUGAGGGUAUAUAUUUCUUAUGCCGGAUAUAUAGCUUGGCAACUUCGUUUGUAACAUUCCCGAUGUUCCGCGCGGGCCGGGGGUCGUGUAGCGAUGAAUGAAAAUCCCACGACUUAUGCACGUCACUUCCCCGCACGCACGAUGUCACACCCGCGCAGUCUUUCCCCCUGUCGCCCGCAUAUCAUGGAUGUGUUAUCAACGAACUUGCCAGACGAUAGUACUAAGGCGAGGUACCGUUGUAUGAAGCGAAGCGAAGUUUGUAUGUAGAAUAUGAUAGUGUAAGCACUAUCAUAUUGAAUUCACUUUGAAUGAUGUACUGGGGGUGUUAUACUCUCCUUGUGUCUUUGUACCAAGUUGCUCGGAAAAAAAACCGUUACGUCAGUAAAUGCUUCAAAAAUCAUUCUUCAUGGCUUCAAAUGCCAGAGUCCUUCAAUGUUGGUAACGUUGGCGGAGCGUUUCGUUGACAAGAAGCUGAUUAAUCACAAGUAGCAAAACCCGCGGGUGUUCGAUAGUCUUAAGGCGUAGUAGAAAGAGAAUAAAGAAAUAUUUUAUCCUUAAAUCCGAUUCAUAUAUGACGAUUUGAUAUAACUAUAGCUAUUAUUAAUAUUAUAGAACUGUUUAAUGAUAAUUAAUUUAGUGUUAACAUCGUGUAAGGUUGUAAAUAUUCCCUACGUCUAGUGAUCAGUGCCUAGAAGUUUUUAUUUUUCUUCAUUAUUUUUCAUAAUUUUGAGUUUUAAUCAUGUAUGUAUUUCCAAAUAGUUUGGUUUGGAAUUGGGGGUAGAUAUAUCAAAAUUAUAUAGGUGAAUUCAUGUUUAAUCAAGUUUUAAAAAUAAAGAAAAGUAUUAUAUGCGAACCACUUAAUCAAGUCUUUAACUGCGUGGCGCAGGGGUGUAUGUAUGACGUCAGAGGGGGGGGAGAGAGGUGCGGGGGCAACCCUCCUCUAUACAAGCAAUCAGACAGUAGUAAAGAAAAAAAAUUAUUUAUAAAUUAGCAUUUUCGGAAUCACAAAUGAAAUGUGUAUAUAUUAAGAAAUAUUUGUUUAAAAUUUUAAAUGUACAAAUAAAUCUUGAAUAUUGUCGUAUUUUUGAUCUGUUGGAUAAAACUGAAAAAUGUAAUAGCGCGUGACGUCAGUUGCAUGUAUGCUCCAUAAAUAAGAAAACCCACAGAUGACGUCAUACUAAACGCCGGAGUUUGUGGCAUUUUUAAACAAUAUUUUUAAGACAGAAAUUCAGUAAAAAGUCUAAAAAAAUUAAAUUAUUUUUUAUGGUUAUAUUCAUUAUUAUUUUUUGAACAUUUAUUAUGUAGUCUGAUAUUAAUGAACUAGCAGACGUAUGCUAACUACAAACUACAUCUCUGCCGAAUUUCAUCUUUGUACGAAUAAGCGGUCCUUUCGCUUUUAUAAAUAUAGUUUAGCCGACCCCUGUACUGCGCAAGCGAGGAUUGAGCUAUGUGGUUUGUCUAUAGUAGUCAUCGGACUGAAGCCUUGAUACACUGACGUCAUUGUGGUUUUCAUAUAAAUGUUUAACAAUUACCACAGCUCGUAAAAACUACUGUCAAAUGAAAAAAAAAUCAAAUUUAAAUUAUCCAAUAGAAUGUUUACACAAUUUAGUACUGUUAACUAAAGAGCAUGUUUAAUAUAUUAGUAUCUGUUUUCGGAUGAGAAAUGUAAUCGGGUCAGGUGUAGAACCAAGAAUGUUUUAUUUAAAAAUAUACAGAUUGUGUCCCUUUUGAAUGGAGUCUCACUGAUGGCGAUACUAAAGCGUAGCGACCUUCUAUUUAGUGGAAUUACAUGCGCCUAACGACAUAUCUCGUUAAGACAAAUCUCAGACCAAUUACCGUUGGAAUUGUAUCACACUUAAAUUUACUAACAAAAUUGUCUGUCGGUUUAUGAGGGGGGCGAGGUAAACUCACACAUUGAAAAUAUUUAACACCAAUAAAUAUAUCCUUUGUAAUACACACACGUCACAUACUUUUGACGAGGGGGUAACGUGUAACGAAGCAUGUCCUAUGGUAAUUGGUCUGAGAGACAAAUCGACCAAUUGCAGCCGAACCGGAAACAUCGCUCUCUUUCGUCCCAACGCAGCGAAAGAGAGAGCGAUGUUUGCAUUUUGGCGCUAUUGGUCGAUUGGUCAUCACGAGAUUUGUUAUAUGAUAUGAGGAGCGCAUGUUAGGCCUACAGGAAUAUUGUUCUUUCUUUCUAUCUAAUGAAUUUGUGAUAUACAGAUAAACACUAUCUUUUCAUUUCAUAUUGUUUAGCGUCGCUGCAGUAUCGCAUUCAGUGUGACACCCUGCGACACAUUCUGUGUGUUUCGGCUUAAUGUUAGUUGUAGAUGUUACAAAUACAUUGUAGAGUAUUUUAUAAAAGAAUAAAAUAUUUUGCGAUUGUAUAAUAAUUGAAACAUUACGGAAACCAUGUUGGCAAGAUACACUGUGACUUAUUAUUAAUGAUAGAUAUAUAAUGACAUUUUAUAUAAUUAAGAUUGAAUUAACAUAUUUUGAUGGUAUAUAAAAAAAAAUUAUAUAUUUACGUGUAUGUAAUUAUUUUGUGUACACUCGGUUUAUUAUGUUGGAAAGCAUAGCUUUGUUUAGACGUCGGGUCUAUUGUUUAUAAUCUCCUUUUUACAGAUGCUUCGCGUAUUUUUAUUGUAAUUUGUAGUGCCGCGGCGGCCGGCGCGCCUUGUAUAAACAUUGUGCAUAAUUUGUGUCGUCCGCGCCGGCUCCUUAGGUUUAUAUAAAUACUUGAUAGUAUUGGCGACUUAAUAAAAUGUUGCCUUGUAA